AUGGUGGUGUCAGGGACGCUGUGGUUCGCAGCAUCCCAGGGGUGCUGGGCCGAGCACCCCGUGGUCCUCACCAUGACCCGUGGGGCCGUGCGGAGAUGCCUGGGGGAAGACGCUCUCCGUGCCAUCCGACCACCGCCGCGCGAAGCUUGCCUGUCCCUCUCGGCCUUCCUUUCUGUUCUGCAAGCAAAGGAUGCCCUCGAAGCGCGAGCUCACUCCCCCUCUCUGCACUCUGAACCAGCCGCUGCCAUUUGCCAACUUCUGCUUUUUCCAAAAAAAAAAAAAAACCCCGCGACAGACCCCGGUCUGAGCGGCAGCGAACGCCCAAGACUUCAGGGCCGGGGGAACGGGUCGAGCGUCGCUGAAGGCAGAACCACCCCCAGCCUCCUCGCCCUCUUUGCUCCCCUUUCCUACAUUUUCGGAUGGGACUGCGGAUGCGCCGGUGCCGGCGUGGUCCUCUCCCAGGAACCGGCCGGCUGGAGAUGGAGCCCAAAGGACGUGGGAGGUUUUGCUGUAAACCGAGAGCACGGCCCCAAAGCAGAGCUGCUUGCACGCGCGCCGUGGUGCUCCUCGUGCUCCUGCCUCGGGGGAGGCGGAGGGCUGGGGAAACGCACCUGGAAACACCCGAGCGUGGGGUUUGGAAAUAGCCCCCCCGGCCACGAGCGGUGCCCGCACGGCCUCUCCAUCACUCGCCACCGCACCGGGAUGUGCCCAAGCAGGGCUCAGCCGUGCCGGGACACGUGUCGUGGGACACCGUUGGCAUCUCUGCUGGAGGACGAGCGUUAGGUGGAUGCUGCCGCAGCUCCGUUUCCAGCUGCCUUGGCCCCUGCCCUGGGGAAGGAGAGAUUUGCCCCUCCUUGGGAGCAAAAUGCAGGAUACCCAUGGGACCCCUAACGCCAGCCGGGGUGCAAACCCCUCCUGCUCUGGUGUGGUUUGUUCCUGGCCCAGUAACACCGAUGCUGCUCUCCCGCCGCCCUGGGGGUCACCCCUCCAUCCCCGGUACGGCUGACACGGCAAAACCUUUCCGCCCCGCUCUCCACCGGGAUGCCUGCAGCUCCCGCGGCCGAGCCCAGCCGGUCCACACAGCUCUCAGCCACGGGGACCAUCCCCGUGGCAGCAAGAGGGGAUGGCUGGACGUGGAGGACGUUCUCACAGGUGUCCCACGAUGCAGGAGAAAAGACGGUGCGCCGGCGGAGUCUGAAUCGUCCCCGCGCGGCAGGGACGGACUCUCCGGCCAAGCGAUGCUGGUCCUUUGCUGUACAGCCCUGCUCCCCAGUUUUGGGGCCGCGUGCUGGUGGCACUUUCCAAUACCCAUAAAAAACCCACCCUUCCCCAUCCCCAAGGAGACCGGCCUCACGUCCACGUGCAAUAUUUCUGCCUCUUCUGCAGUUCCUGCCCCUGAGGGUGCCCAUGGUUCAUCGCUGAGGGCUCCUGGAGGCGGUCACCUCGCUCCCUCCCGUGGAAAAUUCUUUUCCUUGAUGCUUUGUGGCCAAAACGCAACUCUCUUGGGUAGACCUUUGCAGUGCCUCCAACUUCUCUAGCGCUCGUCUGCCAGACCGGUCUCUUCCUGGUGCCAGUUGAUGUUCCCGAUGAAUGUGACACUGCUGUAAUCGCCUCCGCUGAUAAAUGAUGGACCCCGCGACGUUUGACAUAAUUCCCAGGCAAAGGCAAACUUCACUUGCUCUGACACUUUCCCCUGAAAGGCUUUUAAUUUUCAGAGGACCUACCAUGCUUUGAGCUCCAUCAGUGCUCGCCGACAUCUCACCAGGGAGGCAGCCCUGCAAGGGCAGCAGGGUGUGCGGCCCCCAUCACGGGUGGGGUGAGGGACCAGCAUUGGCUUGGGAGAGCUUCAGACCCCAGAAAUCCCCAAAUUCAGUGUCCGGUGCUGCUGUCAUCACCAGCAACCUCCUGCUGCCGCUGAUGCUGGUGGGCUCAGGGAUGGAGCCCGACGCCUCAUCCUCCCUCACCCCUUGUUAAACAUUUGCACAUUAAAAAAAAGAAAAAGGAGCAAAAAGGAGAAAAGGUUUUAGCCUGUAUUCAAAAGCUCUGUGCUGCCUGACGAGGACCCUGUUGGUUUGGUGGCGACGAUGGGUUUUCCGGGGCAGAGGCCCCUCCUGCAGGGUCAGGGCUGGCUCUUGUCCUCCGUCCUGGCUCUGGCCGCGGAGCGGGUCCCAGCGUGGGGUCUGUCCUGUCCCACUCUUGGCAUGCUGAGUGUCCCCGAGCAAAUCAUUUUGGCCCCAGUAUUCCCCCCCCCCGACUGCGGAUUUGGGACCCUGGCUUGGAUGCUUCUAGCCUCCCUUUGGGGAGCACCGAGGGCCCCCGACUCCUGAACAUCACCAGGGUCUGCAGGUUCUUGGUACUGCUGAAAAUAAGGCUUGAAGCAUCUCGCCCUUGGAAAUGUUGGCCUUAACCUCCUCGUGCCUCAGUUUCCCCAUCGGUGAAAUGGCCUGGGUGAGCCAUCCCCUCUCCAGAGCGCGAUUCGACGCCUGUGCCCAGGGGAGCACGAGCGCUGGAUACAGCUCACGGCUGCGACCACGAGGGUUUGGCAGGACCCACCGAACAUCAGGCACGUGCGGAGCACCGGGAGCGGUGCGUGAACCGCUGGGUCGGAGUUUACAUCAGCAAAUAAUUAAUUUCGGUCUUCUUUUUACACCUGCUCAUUAUUAAAAGCGAACAGCUGACAAGACCUGAUUUGUUUCUCUUUAUACUUGGGUUCCUGAUGCGUGUCUGAAAUAAAGCCGGCUGCAGCCCUGGCGAUGGGAAGGGGACCCAAAGCGCAGCCAGGCAGAGGCGAGGAUCCGGCCCCGGCGACUGCGGCGUGUUCCCCCCCACCUCUCAUUUGUCCCCGUCGGUGUUACCCCAUUAAAAUGCCGUGUCUGUACUUUCCUUUCUUUUCAUUUUUCUGUUUGUGCGCUGACUGUUGCUGCUUUGUAACCGUCUUUCCUUGAGCUCUGGGGCUGGGCUGGGCUGAGCUGUUUCCCCUGGAGAGCAAGGACGUGGGAGAAGGCUCUGGGGGCAGAUUCCCCCCCCCAUCAUGGCACAAACCAGGACCCAAGAGAGAGAGAGAAGCAAAGUGGAUUUUUCCUCCGGAGCAGCCCUUUAAUUGCUGUGAUUUGUAACGAGACCGGGCAGCCCCCGGGAGCGCUCCCCGCCGGGUUCGUGGAUGGGGGUGUUUGCUUAUGGGGGACCCCAGACCCCAUUUGUGCCGGGUGCCAGCUGCAUCUCACCCCACGGUGCAGAAGCGUGUGCCUGUCGGUGCCUGCCUCCCACACCGUCGGGACACCGCAUCCCAGUUGGAUGAGGGGGCUGAGGCUGUGGGACCCCGAUCCCAGAGCCACUGCUCCCCCCAAACGGGCAGGGGUGCAAGUAAGCGUCUGCCACCGGGCUGCCGUGGGGCUGCGCUAACCUGGGGGGGUGGAAGGGUCUUUGGGGUGUGGGGCCAAGCCCCGACUGGCACCGGGCUGGCUUCGAAGUGGGGGCCAGGCACGGCAUGGGGGCAGCCGAAAUCGCUGGCAGAGCUGCCCUCUUCCCAAGUAUUUAGGGUCAGGGGGGGUUUGGAUGGGCUGAGUGGGUGACCUGCAGCCAGCUCGCUGUCCCAUCGUCCCCAGUCCCAGGGUAAAGGUGGGGAUCUGGGGCAUUUUGAGAAGGUAUCAGCCACCCCUCCGUCACGGGGAUGUUGGAGGGGAGGGGACCGGCUGGGACGGUGGCGGUGGCCGGUGGGACAGGAGGGAGGGCUGGGGGCAGAGGAGGGACCUGAUAUGGCCCUGGUCUCGGUGCACAGCUUGGGGGUCUCCUUGCAGAGCAGUUUUGGGGUCUCGGUCACACGUGCCAGCCCCGACUGUGUUCCAGUGGCACUGCAGGAAAGCCGUCCUUCCUUCCCUUCUCUCUCUCUGCUCCUGCAGCCGCCAGCCCUGGGUUGGGUGCCAUGUCCCGCGGGACCCCUGCCCGGGGGCAGCUGAGCCCCAAGCUGAGAAACAGCAGCUCCAGCAAAGAGCCUUGUUUGUAAAGAUGAAGCCUGUUUGUGCGUCCGUGCCGGUGUCUCGGCUUGCAUGCCCUGCUGCCUUGUCUUGAGAUGAAUUCAAGAGCAAACCAAGCAAAUGAAACGGUUUCAAAACAAAACAAAACCCAGGAACUUUGUGACAGUGGAAAUAAAAGCUUAAUGACAGUAACGAA